GUUUGUUUUCCGUUCGCAUUUGGAUUUUGUAACCCGACCAGCGGCAGCAGGUUGCUGUCGAAUUGGAGUAGAAAAUCGCUGAAUAUAAUUGAAAAUCUAAUUCAAAUAGUUCACAAUUAACGCGAGUGAUUGUCGGCAGCUAAACCCAAAAGAAAAUUCAAUCGUUCAACCGCACAAAUCACGGAAUCAAUAGCCCUACGCAGUCCUGUAGCUGCAAAAUCAUUUUCUUAGAAUGCCAAAAUACCAACAAAUAUUGUGCCAAUCAGCCCUGAAAAAUGUCUAUCUAAUGUGAUUACCGAAAUAACCGAUUAAAGUGAGAACCAAUCAACGCACCAAUUCAAAAGGAAAACCGGAAAAACUAAUAACAUAAAUCAUUAAACAAGUUCAUUGCCAUACAUAUGUUAUACAUAUUAUAUUGAAGUAAGAACAAAUCAACGCACAAAUAAAAAUAGGAAAACUAAUCAUACAACUUAAGGCACUUCAAGUAGACAGCAUAAAUAAAUAAACAGUUAAUAAAAUUUUGACAAUCUAAUCAAGACAAAGGCAAAACAACUCCAAAAUAGGCAGUUCAAAAGAAAUACUCAAACAAAAGGUUAAGAUUUAAUAGAGUUGCUGCAUGGGUAAUAGUCUGAUAACGAGUGGAAAACCGAGUCAGCGCCGCGAGAAAAGGCUUUUCGAGAGGCUGAGCUGCAGCUACGCUCAGGCUCCCAAUAGAAUAGAGUUAAACAUGAAUCCCCUGCUGGUUCUGGCCCGCACAAUCGCGACCCCUCCCACCCCGCCACUCACCCCGGAAAAGGGGGACUCGGAUAAGGAGCAGGAUAACCCAAAGGCCGCAAUCGAACAGCUGCCCAAUGAGAUGUGGCUGGAGAUCAUGUCCUAUCUCUCCUACAACGAUCUGCAGCAAUUCCGCAUGGUGUCCUGGCGAUGCCGAGAUCUGGUCCACCGACGUCGCUUCAUGGAGAAGGGCAAGGUGAUUGUGACGCAGCAUAAUCUGGAGGCAAUCCACAAGCAUGCCAAGGGAAAGAACUGCUAUUUGAGCUUCGAGCGUAUCGAGCUGCGAAAUCUCCGCCAGUGCUGCCAAUUGGAGAACUUUCUGCGUCUCGUGGGUCACGAGGUGAAGCAUCUGCAAGUGCGCCAUGCUCCGGUCUUCCGGAAUUUGGAUGGCAAGUUGCCUAAUCUGAAGGUGCUGACCAUAGCCACCACCAGCUCCAUGGAUGAUCAGCACCUGAAGGCUGUGGAUGGCCUGGAUAUGAAGCAGUUUGCCCACCUGGUGGGCUUCGAAUGCGAUGGCGUCAGUCUGGACUCCUCGUUGAAGCUGCUGAUGCUGCUGCAGUUGCGUCGCAAGGAGAACAAGGUGCAGUUGCGUCACCUGCAGUUCGAGUUCAGGAGGAACAACGAGAGCGCCCUGCUGGAUGUCCUAAGGGAUCACGCGGACACUCUGGUCUGCGUGGACAUCUUCUUUAGCUGCUCGCCUGGUAUUGACACUAGGGAGUGGUGCCAGGCCUUCGAAACUAUGCACAAUCUUCGCACUCUUAAGCUGUCCGGAAAUUGCCAUCUGGUUCUGCUGGAAGCCGUCCUAAGAGCCGUACCAGAGUCGGCACCAAUUCGUCAGUUGGAUUUAACCGGAAUGCUAUCGCUGACCAACGAACUGCUGCUCUAUAUAGCCGGCAAGUGGCAGAAAACCUUGAAGGUGCUGGAUCUAAUGUUCUGUGUGCAACUCAACGUCAAUUGUAUCGACGCAUUAAAGCAGCUGAGUGGUCAGUUGGAGGCCUUGACCAUGGCCUACUGUAGGGAGUUGACGGGAAUGGGUCUGGUUCAGGGACUGGCCGGCAGUAUGAACUACACUCUGCAGGAGCUGCACCUGGAGGAAACCAUAUUUUUGGAUGAGAGCUCCAUGUGCCAACUGCUGGAGAGGCUUCCCAAUCUGCGACGCCUUAGUUUGGAUAAUUGCCGCCAAGCGGUGACAGAUCGCACCAUGGCCACUAUUUGCCAAUACCAAUUGAAACUGCGAAACCUUAACAUCGAUUACUGCGUGAAGAUCACUGAUCAAGGAUUGAUUGGUUAUGGCGACACCCCCUAUCCCAUAAGUCGCUUGCGCGGAUUGAAGGAGCUAAACCUGCGGGGCUGUCGCAACCUCACAGAUAGUGCUUUAAAAGAAGGCCUGAAGUUGCCAGAACUGCGAGCCCUUUCUCUGGGCUAUUGCACUCGACUGACAUCAGCUGGUUUUGAGGCUGUGACCCAGAAUUGUCCAUCUCUGGAGUCUCUUUGUGUGUCCAGCUGCAUGACUGUGGAUGAUGAAACUGUGCUGAGUGUUGUAAGCCAUCUGAAGCGUUUGAGGAUCCUCAACUUGAGCAACUGCACCAAGCUGACCCUACAAUCGAUCCACCACAUCCUCGCCCAUGGACACAACCUUGUGGAGCUGAUUGCCUGCUCCAUUGACGGAAUGGAUCACGAGCAGGCCCAGCGGAUCCUCGAGGCACAGAGACCACAAAUGAAGCAGGUCCUUCUAUAGCAGGAGAGGUACAUCCACUGACGAAGCCGGAACACUCCCCACAACGACUGGGGGAGCGGGGACGAAGACCAGUUUGAUGACGACGAGACCGAGAUUAUCGAGAUCGUAAUUUAGGUUCCGCUUAGCGAAAAACGUAUAUGGAUCUAUCCCUAAGGAUAUUAUUUUAGGCCCAGUAAAGAGUGGGUAAAAACUUUAUGGGUGAUACUUACAUUUUUUAAACCUACAUCCGAUUGCUACUUCAGGAUCAGUCAGAACAGAAGCCAAAUAUAAAAGUACAAGAACUCCACCCACCCAAAGUAAUCAGAACAUUUCAUUAAUUAAUGAUUUAUCAAGCACAACUAAUGUUUUUUAGAAUUGAUUCUGAAAGUAUCUUGAAAGUUCAUAGUAUAAUUUUUAAUUUUAAUGGAUCAAGCAAUACCGACAAGCGAAGACUUUUUUCAUAGACUUAUCAUGUGCUUAAACCACGGCCAUAAUAACAGCCCGUAGAGCUUGCAUUUCUAUAUACCAACGUAAAUGUGGUUGAGAAACGAAACAAUAAUAAUACUUUGAGUGUUGUUCAAGUCAAUAUAUUAAUCUGAGUGUCUAGCAUUUUUCAAGAUUAUCUAUAAUAACUGACUACGGUUGACAAAGGGACGAGUUGGCGAAAAGAGGCUGUUAGAAUAAGUUGAUGUUCAAAUAUAACCACCCAUUUUCAGAUAUCUUUUAAUCCAUAGGUGUAAGAACAGUUUUGAGAAAAGUUUUAAAUGAAAUCGUACGAUUUAGGUAUACGGGAAGGCAGACUUCACCGAUAAGACAGAACGGAACUUUUGGAAUAUAUUCUUUUGAAGAACUUUACGUAAUCAACUUUUAAACAUUUAAUAAAUGUUGCAUGUGUUAUAAGCUAAUCGAACUGUAAACGAUAUAAAAUCCCUUAAAAGGGAUUAUUUUAAGAAGUAUGCUACAUAUAAACGAUAUUCAGCUUCUUUUGAAGAA